AUGAAACAUUCAAUAACGGCAACAAAGAAUCACUAUCAGGAUCUGGUUGUCCAAUAUGGCCUGGAGAUUUUGAAUUACUAUAUAAGUAUGAAACAUUCAAUAACGGCUACAAAGAAUCACUAUCAGGAUCUGGUUGUAUAUGGCCUGGAGAUUUUGAAUUACUAUAUAAGUAUGAAACAUUCAAUAACGGCUACAAAGAAUCACUAUCAGGAUCUGGUUGUCCGAUAUGGCCUGGAGAUUUUGAAUUACUAUAUAAGUAUGAAACAUUCAAUAACGGCUACAAAGAAUCACUAUCAGGAUCUGGUUGUCCGAUAUGGCCUGGAGAUUUUGAAUUACUAUAAGUAUGAAAAAUUCAAUGACGGCUACAAAGAAUCACUAUCAAGAUCUGGUUGUCCGAUAUGGCCUGGAGAUUUUGAAUUACUAUAUAAGUAUGAAACAUAUAAUAACAGCUACAAAGAAUCACUAUCAGGAUCUGGUUGUCCGAUAUGGCCUGGAGAUUUUGAAUUACUAUAUAAGUAUGAAACAUAUAAUAACAGCUACAAAGAAUCACUAUCAGGAUCUGGUUGUCCGAUAUGGCCUGGAGAUUUUGAAUUACUAUAUAAGUAUGAAACAUAUAAUAACAGCUACAAAGAAUCACUAUCAGGAUCUGGUUGUCCGAUAUGGCCUGGAGAUUUUGAAUUACUAUAUAAGUAUGAAACAUUCAAUAACGGCAACAAAGAAUCACUAUCAGGAUCUGGUUGUCCGAUAUGGCCUGGAGAUUUUGAAUUACUAUAUAAGUAUGAAACAUAUAAUAACAGCUACAAAGAAUCACUAUCAGGAUCUGGUUGUCCGAUAUGGCCUGGAGAUUUUGAAUUACUAUAUAAGUAUGAAACAUAUAAUAACAGCUACAAAGAAUCACUAUCAGGAUCUGGUUGUCCGAUAUGGCCUGGAGAUUUUGAAUUACUAUAUAAGUAUGAAACAUAUAAUAACAGCUACAAAGAAUCACUAUCAGGAUCUGGUUGUCCGAAAUGGCCUGGAGAUUUUGAAUUACUAUAUAAGUAUGAAACAUUCAAUAACGGCUACAAAGAAUCACUAUCAGGAUCUGGUUGUCCGAUAUGGCCUGGAGAUUUUGAAUUACUAUAUAAGUAUGAAACAUAUAAUAACAGCUACAAAGAAUCACUAUCAGGAUCUGGUUGUCCGAUAUGGCCUGGAGAUUUUGAAUUACUAUAUAAGUAUGAAACAUAUAAUAACAGCUACAAAGAAUCACAAUCAGGAUCUGGUUGUCCGAUAUGGCCUGGAGAUUUUGAAUUACUAUAUAAGUAUGAAACAUAUAAUAACAGCUACAAAGAAUCACUAUCAGGAUCUGGUUGUCCGAUAUGGCCUGGAGAUUUUGAAUUACUAUAUAAGUAUGAAACAUUCAAUAACGGCAACAAAGAAUCACUAUCAGGAUCUGGUUGUCCGAUAUGGCCUGGAGAUUUUGAAUUACUAUAUAAGUAUGAAACAUAUAAUAACAGCUACAAAGAAUCACUAUCAGGGUCUGGUUGUCCGAUAUGGCCUGGAGAUUUUGAAUUACUAUAUAAGUAUGAAACAUUCAAUAACGGCAACAAAGAAUCACUAUCAGGAUCUGGUUGUCCGAUAUGGCCUGGAGAUUUUGAAUUACUAUAUAAGUAUGAAACAUAUAACAGCUACAAAGAAUCACUAUCAGGAUCUGGUUGUCCGAUAUGGCCUGGAGAUUUUGAAUUACUAUAUAAGUAUGAAACAUAUAAUAACAGCUACAAAGAAUCACUAUCAGGAUCUGGUUGUCCGAUAUGGCCUGGAGAUUUUGAAUUACUAUAUAAGUAUGAAACAUAUAAUAACAGCUACAAAGAAUCACUAUCAGGAUCUGGUUGUCCGAAAUGGCCUGGAGAUUUUGAAUUACUAUAUAAGUAUGAAACAUUCAAUAACGGCUACAAAGAAUCACUAUCAGGAUCUGGUUGUCCGAUAUGGCCUGGAGAUUUUGAAUUACUAUAUAAGUAUGAAACAUAUAAUAACAGCUACAAAGAAUCACUAUCAGGAUCUGGUUGUCCGAUAUGGCCUGGAGAUUUUGAAUUACUAUAUAAGUAUGAAACAUAUAAUAACAGCUACAAAGAAUCACUAUCAGGAUCUGGUUGUCCGAUAUGGCCUGGAGAUUUUGAAUUACUAUAUAAGUAUGAAACAUAUAAUAACAGCUACAAAGAAUCACUAUCAGGAUCUGGUUGUCCGAUAUGGCCUGGAGAUUUUGAAUUACUAUAUAAGUAUGAAACAUAUAAUAACAGCUACAAAGAAUCACUAUCAGGAUCUGGUUGUCCAAUAUGGCCUGGAGAUUUUGAAUUACUAUAUAAGUAUGAAACAUUCAAUAACAGCUACAAAGAAUCACUAUCAGGAUCUGGUUGUCCGAUAUGGCCUGGAGAUUUUGAAUUACUAUAUAAGUAUGAAACAUAUAAUAACAGCUACAAAGAAUCACUAUCAGGAUCUGGUUGUCCGAUAUGGCCUGGAGAUUUUGAAUUACUAUAUAAGUAUGAAACAUUCAAUAACGGCUACAAAGAAUCACUAUCAGGAUCUGGUUGUCCGAUAUGGCCUGGAGAUUUUGAAUUACUAUAUAAGUAUGAAACAUAUAAUAACAGCUACAAAGAAUCACUAUCAGGAUCUGGUUGUCCGAUAUGGCCUGGAGAUUUUGAAUUACUAUAUAAGUAUGAAACAUAUAAUAACAGCUACAAAGAAUCACUAUCAGGAUCUGGUUGUCCGAUAUGGCCUGGAGAUUUUGAAUUACUAUAUAAGUAUGAAACAUAUAAUAACAGCUACAAAGAAUCACUAUCAGGAUCUGGUUGUCCGAUAUGGCCUGGAGAUUUUGAAUUACUAUAUAAGUAUGAAACAUAUAAUAACAGCUACAAAGAAUCACUAUCAGGAUCUGGUUGUCCGAUAUGGCAUGGAGAUUUUGAAUUACUAUAUAAGUAUGAAACAUUCAAUAACGGCUACAAAGAAUCACUAUCAGGAUCUGGUUGUCCGAUAUGGCCUGGAGAUUUUGAAUUACUAUAUAAGUAUGAAACAUUCAAUAACGGCUACAAAGAAUCACUAUCAGGAUCUGGUUGUCCGAUAUGGCCUGGAGAUUUUGAAUUACUAUAUAAGUAUGAAACAUAUAAUAACAGCUACAAAGAAUCACUAUCAGGAUCUGGUUGUCCGAUAUGGCCUGGAGAUUUUGAAUUACUAUAUAAGUAUGAAACAUUCAAUAACGGCUACAAAGAAUCACUAUCAGGAUCUGGUUGUCCGAUAUGGCCUGGAGAUUUUGAAUUACUAUAUAAGUAUGAAACAUUCAAUAACGGCUACAAAGAAUCACUAUCAGGAUCUGGUUGUCCGAUAUGGCCUGGAGAUUUUGAAUUACUAUAUAAGUAUGAAACAUAUAAUAACAGCUACAAAGAAUCACUAUCAGGAUCUGGUUGUCCGAUAUGGCCUGGAGAUUUUGAAUUACUAUAUAAGUAUGAAACAUAUAAUAACAGCUACAAAGAAUCACUAUCAGGAUCUGGUUGUCCGAUAUGGCCUGGAGAUUUUGAAUUACUAUAUAAGUAUGAAACAUAUAAUAACAGCUACAAAGAAUCACUAUCAGGAUCUGGUUGUCCGAUAUGGCCUGGAGAUUUUGAAUUACUAUAUAAGUAUGAAACAUAUAAUAACAGCUACAAAGAAUCACUAUCACGAUCUGGUUGUCCGAUAUGGCCCGGAGAUUUUGAAUUACUAUAUAAGUAUGAAACAUAUAAUAACAGCUACAAAGAAUCACUAUCAGGAUCUGGUUGUCCGAAAUGGCCUGGAGAUUUUGAAUUACUAUAUAAGUAUGAAACAUUCAAUAACGGCUACAAAGAAUCACUAUCAGGAUCUGGUUGUCCGAUAUGGCCUGGAGAUUUUGAAUUACUAUAUAAGUAUGAAACAUAUAAUAACAGCUACAAAGAAUCACUAUCAGGAUCUGGUUGUCCGAUAUGGCCUGGAGAUUUUGAAUUACUAUAUAAGUAUGAAACAUAUAAUAACAGCUACAAAGAAUCACUAUCAGGAUCUGGUUGUCCGAUAUGGCCUGGAGAUUUUGAAUUACUAUAUAACUACAAAGAAUCACUAUCAGGAUCUGGUUGUCCCAUAUGGCCUGGAGAUUUUGAAUUACUAUAUAAGUAUGAAACAUUCAAUAACAGCUACAAAGAAUCACUAUCAGGAUCUGGUUGUCCGAUAUGGCCUGGAGAUUUUGAAUUACUAUAUAAGUAUGAAACAUAUAAUAACAGCUACAAAGAAUCACUAUCAGGAUCUGGUUGUCCGAUAUGGCCUGGAGAUUUUGAAUUACUAUAUAAGUAUGAAACAUUCAAUAACGGCUACAAAGAAUCACUAUCAGGAUCUGGUUGUCCGAUAUGGCCUGGAGAUUUUGAAUUACUAUAUAAGUAUGAAACAUAUAAUAACAGCUACAAAGAAUCACUAUCAGGAUCUGGUUGUCCGAUAUGGCCUGGAGAUUUUGAAUUACUAUAUAAGUAUGAAACAUAUAAUAACAGCUACAAAGAAUCACUAUCAGGAUCUGGUUGUCCGAUAUGGCCUGGAGAUUUUGAAUUACUAUAUAAGUAUGAAACAUAUAAUAACAGCUACAAAGAAUCACUAUCAGGAUCUGGUUGUCCGAUAUGGCCUGGAGAUUUUGAAUUACUAUAUAAGUAUGAAACAUAUAAUAACAGCUACAAAGAAUCACUAUCAGGAUCUGGUUGUCCGAUAUGGCAUGGAGAUUUUGAAUUACUAUAUAAGUAUGAAACAUUCAAUAACGGCUACAAAGAAUCACUAUCAGGAUCUGGUUGUCCGAUAUGGCCUGGAGAUUUUGAAUUACUAUAUAAGUAUGAAACAUUCAAUAACGGCUACAAAGAAUCACUAUCAGGAUCUGGUUGUCCGAUAUGGCCUGGAGAUUUUGAAUUACUAUAUAAGUAUGAAACAUAUAAUAACAGCUACAAAGAAUCACUAUCAGGAUCUGGUUGUCCGAUAUGGCCUGGAGAUUUUGAAUUACUAUAUAAGUAUGAAACAUAUAAUAACAGCUACAAAGAAUCACUAUCAGGAUCUGGUUGUCCGAUAUGGCCUGGAGAUUUUGAAUUACUAUAUAAGUAUGAAACAUAUAAUAACAGCUACAAAGAAUCACUAUCAGGAUCUGGUUGUCCGAUAUGGCCUGGAGAUUUUGAAUUACUAUAUAAGUAUGAAACAUAUAAUAACAGCUACAAAGAAUCACUAUCAGGAUCUGGUUGUCCGAUAUGGCCUGGAGAUUUUGAAUUACUAUAUAACUACAAAGAAUCACUAUCAGGAUCUGGUUGUCCGAUAUGGCCUGGAGAUUUUGAAUUACUAUAUAAGUAUGAAACAUAUAAUAACAGCUACAAAGAAUCACUAUCAGGGUCUGGUUGUCCGAUAUGGCAUGGAGAUUUUGAAUUACUAUAUAAGUAUGAAACAUUCAAUAACGGCAACAAAGAAUCACUAUCAGGAUCUGGUUGUCCGAUAUGGCCUGGAGAUUUUGAAUUACUAUAUAAGUAUGAAACAUAUAAUAACAGCUACAAAGAAUCACUAUCAGGAUCUGGUUGUCCGAUAUGGCCUGGAGAUUUUGAAUUACUAUAUAACUACAAAGAAUCACUAUCAGGAUCUGGUUGUCCGAUAUGGCCUGGAGAUUUUGAAUUACUAUAUAAGUAUGAAACAUAUAAUAACAGCUACAAAGAAUCACUAUCAGGAUCUGGUUGUCCGAUAUGGCCUGGAGAUUUUGAAUUACUAUAUAAGUAUGAAACAUAUAAUAACAGCUACAAAGAAUCACUAUCAGGAUCUGGUUGUCCGAUAUGGCCUGGAGAUUUUGAAUUACUAUAUAAGUAUGAAACAUUCAAUAACGGCAACAAAGAAUCACUAUCAGGAUCUGGUUGUCCGAUAUGGCCUGGAGAUUUUGAAUUACUAUAUAAGUAUGAAACAUAUAAUAACAGCUACAAAGAAUCACUAUCAGGAUCUGGUUGUCCGAUAUGGCCUGGAGAUUUUGAAUUACUAUAUAAGUAUGAAACAUAUAAUAACAGCUACAAAGAAUCACUAUCAGGAUCUGGUUGUCCGAUAUGGCCUGGAGAUUUUGAAUUACUAUAUAAGUAUGAAACAUUCAAUAACGGCAACAAAGAAUCACUAUCAGGAUCUGGUUGUCCGAUAUGGCCUGGAGAUUUUGAAUUACUAUAUAAGUAUGAAACAUAUAAUAACAGCUACAAAGAAUCACUAUCAGGAUCUGGUUGUCCGAUAUGGCCUGGAGAUUUUGAAUUACUAUAUAAGUAUGAAACAUAUAAUAACAGCUACAAAGAAUCACUAUCAGGAUCUGGUUGUCCGAAAUGGCCUGGAGAUUUUGAAUUACUAUAUAAGUAUGAAACAUUCAAUAACGGCAACAAAGAAUCACUAUCAGGAUCUGGUUGUCCGAUAUGGCCUGGAGAUUUUGAAUUACUAUAUAAGUAUGAAACAUAUAAUAACAGCUACAAAGAAUCACUAUCAGGAUCUGGUUGUCCGAUAUGGCCUGGAGAUUUUGAAUUACUAUAUAAGUAUGAAACAUAUAAUAACAGCUACAAAGAAUCACUAUCAGGAUCUGGUUGUCCGAUAUGGCCUGGAGAUUUUGAAUUACUAUAUAAGUAUGAAACAUAUAAUAACAGCUACAAAGAAUCACUAUCAGGAUCUGGUUGUCCGAUAUGGCAUGGAGAUUUUGAAUUACUAUAUAAGUAUGAAACAUUCAAUAACGGCUACAAAGAAUCACUAUCAGGAUCUGGUUGUCCGAUAUGGCCUGGAGAUUUUGAAUUACUAUAUAAGUAUGAAACAUUCAAUAACGGCUACAAAGAAUCACUAUCAGGAUCUGGUUGUCCGAUAUGGCCUGGAGAUUUUGAAUUACUAUAUAAGUAUGAAACAUAUAAUAACAGCUACAAAGAAUCACUAUCAGGAUCUGGUUGUCCGAUAUGGCCUGGAGAUUUUGAAUUACUAUAUAAGUAUGAAACAUUCAAUAACGGCUACAAAGAAUCACUAUCAGGAUCUGGUUGUCCGAUAUGGCCUGGAGAUUUUGAAUUACUAUAUAAGUAUGAAACAUUCAAUAACGGCUACAAAGAAUCACUAUCAGGAUCUGGUUGUCCGAUAUGGCCUGGAGAUUUUGAAUUACUAUAUAAGUAUGAAACAUAUAAUAACAGCUACAAAGAAUCACUAUCAGGAUCUGGUUGUCCGAUAUGGCCUGGAGAUUUUGAAUUACUAUAUAAGUAUGAAACAUAUAAUAACAGCUACAAAGAAUCACUAUCAGGAUCUGGUUGUCCGAUAUGGCCUGGAGAUUUUGAAUUACUAUAUAAGUAUGAAACAUAUAAUAACAGCUACAAAGAAUCACUAUCAGGAUCUGGUUGUCCGAUAUGGCCUGGAGAUUUUGAAUUACUAUAUAAGUAUGAAACAUAUAAUAACAGCUACAAAGAAUCACUAUCAGGAUCUGGUUGUCCGAUAUGGCCUGGAGAUUUUGAAUUACUAUAUAAGUAUGAAACAUAUAAUAACAGCUACAAAGAAUCACUAUCAGGAUCUGGUUGUCCGAUAUGGCCUGGAGAUUUUGAAUUACUAUAUAAGUAUGAAACAUAUAAUAACAGCUACAAAGAAUCACUAUCAGGAUCUGGUUGUCCGAUAUGGCCUGGAGAUUUUGAAUUACUAUAUAAGUAUGAAACAUAUAAUAACAGCUACAAAGAAUCACUAUCAGGAUCUGGUUGUCCGAUAUGGCCUGGAGAUUUUGAAUUACUAUAUAAGUAUGAAACAUAUAAUAACAGCUACAAAGAAUCACUAUCACGAUCUGGUUGUCCGAUAUGGCCUGGAGAUUUUGAAUUACUAUAUAAGUAUGAAACAUAUAAUAACAGCUACAAAGAAUCACUAUCAGGAUCUGGUUGUCCGAUAUGGCCUGGAGAUUUUGAAUUACUAUAUAACUACAAAGAAUCACUAUCAGGAUCUGGUUGUCCGAUAUGGCCUGGAGAUUUUGAAUUACUAUAUAAGUAUGAAACAUAUAAUAACAGCUACAAAGAAUCACUAUCAGGGUCUGGUUGUCCGAUAUGGCAUGGAGAUUUUGAAUUACUAUAUAAGUAUGAAACAUUCAAUAACGGCAACAAAGAAUCACUAUCAGGAUCUGGUUGUCCGAUAUGGCCUGGAGAUUUUGAAUUACUAUAUAAGUAUGAAACAUAUAAUAACAGCUACAAAGAAUCACUAUCAGGAUCUGGUUGUCCGAUAUGGCCUGGAGAUUUUGAAUUACUAUAUAAGUAUGAAACAUAUAAUAACAGCUACAAAGAAUCACUAUCAGGAUCUGGAUCUGGUUGUCCAAUAUGGCCUGGAGAUUUUGAAUUACUAUAUAAGUAUGAAACAUUCAAUAACGGCUACAAAGAAUCACUAUCAGGAUCUGGUUGUCCGAUAUGGCCUGGAGAUUUUGAAUUACUAUAUAAGUAUGAAACAUUCAAUAACGGCUACAAAGAAUCACUAUCAGGAUCUGGUUGUCCGAUAUGGCCUGGAGAUUUUGAAUUACUAUAUAAGUAUGAAAAAUUCAAUAACGGCUACAAAGAAUCACUAUCAAGAUCUGGUUGUCCGAUAUGGCCUGGAGAUUUUGAAUUACUAUAUAAGUAUGAAACAUAUAAUAACAGCUACAAAGAAUCACUAUCAGGAUCUGGUUGUCCGAUAUGGCCUGGAGAUUUUGAAUUACUAUAUAAGUAUGAAACAUAUAAUAACAGCUACAAAGAAUCACUAUCAGGAUCUGGUUGUCCGAUAUGGCCUGGAGAUUUUGAAUUACUAUAUAAGUAUGAAACAUAUAAUAACAGCUACAAAGAAUCACUAUCAGGAUCUGGUUGUCCGAUAUGGCCUGGAGAUUUUGAAUUACUAUAUAAGUAUGAAACAUUCAAUAACGGCAACAAAGAAUCACUAUCAGGAUCUGGUUGUCCGAUAUGGCCUGGAGAUUUUGAAUUACUAUAUAAGUAUGAAACAUAUAAUAACAGCUACAAAGAAUCACUAUCAGGAUCUGGUUGUCCGAUAUGGCCUGGAGAUUUUGAAUUACUAUAUAAGUAUGAAACAUAUAAUAACAGCUACAAAGAAUCACUAUCAGGAUCUGGUUGUCCGAUAUGGCCUGGAGAUUUUGAAUUACUAUAUAAGUAUGAAACAUUCAAUAACGGCAACAAAGAAUCACUAUCAGGAUCUGGUUGUCCGAUAUGGCCUGGAGAUUUUGAAUUACUAUAUAAGUAUGAAACAUAUAAUAACAGCUACAAAGAAUCACUAUCAGGAUCUGGUUGUCCGAUAUGGCCUGGAGAUUUUGAAUUACUAUAUAAGUAUGAAACAUAUAAUAACAGCUACAAAGAAUCACUAUCAGGAUCUGGUUGUCCGAUAUGGCCUGGAGAUUUUGAAUUACUAUAUAAGUAUGAAACAUAUAAUAACAGCUACAAAGAAUCACUAUCAGGAUCUGGUUGUCCGAAAUGGCCUGGAGAUUUUGAAUUACUAUAUAAGUAUGAAACAUUCAAUAACGGCUACAAAGAAUCACUAUCAGGAUCUGGUUGUCCGAUAUGGCCUGGAGAUUUUGAAUUACUAUAUAAGUAUGAAACAUAUAAUAACAGCUACAAAGAAUCACUAUCAGGAUCUGGUUGUCCGAUAUGGCCUGGAGAUUUUGAAUUACUAUAUAAGUAUGAAACAUAUAAUAACAGCUACAAAGAAUCACAAUCAGGAUCUGGUUGUCCGAUAUGGCCUGGAGAUUUUGAAUUACUAUAUAAGUAUGAAACAUAUAAUAACAGCUACAAAGAAUCACUAUCAGGAUCUGGUUGUCCGAUAUGGCCUGGAGAUUUUGAAUUACUAUAUAAGUAUGAAACAUUCAAUAACGGCAACAAAGAAUCACUAUCAGGAUCUGGUUGUCCGAUAUGGCCUGGAGAUUUUGAAUUACUAUAUAAGUAUGAAACAUAUAAUAACAGCUACAAAGAAUCACUAUCAGGAUCUGGUUGUCCGAUAUGGCCUGGAGAUUUUGAAUUACUAUAUAAGUAUGAAACAUUCAAUAACGGCUACAAAGAAUCACUAUCAGGAUCUGGUUGUCCGAUAUGGCCUGGAGAUUUUGAAUUACUAUAUAAGUAUGAAACAUAUAAUAACAGCUACAAAGAAUCACUAUCAGGAUCUGGUUGUCCGAUAUGGCCUGGAGAUUUUGAAUUACUAUAUAAGUAUGAAACAUAUAAUAACAGCUACAAAGAAUCACAAUCAGGAUCUGGUUGUCCGAUAUGGCCUGGAGAUUUUGAAUUACUAUAUAAGUAUGAAACAUAUAAUAACAGCUACAAAGAAUCACUAUCAGGAUCUGGUUGUCCGAUAUGGCCUGGAGAUUUUGAAUUACUAUAUAAGUAUGAAACAUUCAAUAACGGCAACAAAGAAUCACUAUCAGGAUCUGGUUGUCCGAUAUGGCCUGGAGAUUUUGAAUUACUAUAUAAGUAUGAAACAUAUAAUAACAGCUACAAAGAAUCACUAUCAGGAUCUGGUUGUCCGAUAUGGCCUGGAGAUUUUGAAUUACUAUAUAAGUAUGAAACAUAUAAUAACAGCUACAAAGAAUCACUAUCAGGAUCUGGUUGUCCGAUAUGGCCUGGAGAUUUUGAAUUACUAUAUAAGUAUGAAACAUAUAAUAACAGCUACAAAGAAUCACUAUCAGGAUCUGGUUGUCCGAUAUGGCCUGGAGAUUUUGAAUUACUAUAUAAGUAUGAAACAUAUAAUAACAGCUACAAAGAAUCACUAUCAGGAUCUGGUUGUCCGAUAUGGCCUGGAGAUUUUGAAUUACUAUAUAAGUAUGAAACAUUCAAUAACAGCUACAAAGGAUCACUAUCAGGAUCUGGUUGUCCGAUAUGGCCUGGAGAUUUUGAAUUACUAUAUAAGUAUGAAACAUAUAAUAACAGCUACAAAGAAUCACUAUCAGGAUCUGGUUGUCCGAUAUGGCCUGGAGAUUUUGAAUUACUAUAUAAGUAUGAAACAUUCAAUAACGGCUACAAAGAAUCACUAUCAGGAUCUGGUUGUCCGAUAUGGCCUGGAGAUUUUGAAUUACUAUAUAAGUAUGAAACAUAUAAUAACAGCUACAAAGAAUCACUAUCAGGAUCUGGUUGUCCGAUAUGGCCUGGAGAUUUUGAAUUACUAUAUAAGUAUGAAACAUAUAAUAACAGCUACAAAGAAUCACAAUCAGGAUCUGGUUGUCCGAUAUGGCCUGGAGAUUUUGAAUUACUAUAUAAGUAUGAAACAUAUAAUAACAGCUACAAAGAAUCACUAUCAGGAUCUGGUUGUCCGAUAUGGCCUGGAGAUUUUGAAUUACUAUAUAAGUAUGAAACAUUCAAUAACGGCAACAAAGAAUCACUAUCAGGAUCUGGUUGUCCGAUAUGGCCUGGAGAUUUUGAAUUACUAUAUAAGUAUGAAACAUAUAAUAACAGCUACAAAGAAUCACUAUCAGGAUCUGGUUGUCCGAUAUGGCCUGGAGAUUUUGAAUUACUAUAUAAGUAUGAAACAUAUAAUAACAGCUACAAAGAAUCACUAUCAGGAUCUGGUUGUCCGAUAUGGCCUGGAGAUUUUGAAUUACUAUAUAAGUAUGAAACAUAUAAUAACAGCUACAAAGAAUCACUAUCAGGAUCUGGUUGUCCGAUAUGGCCUGGAGAUUUUGAAUUACUAUAUAAGUAUGAAACAUUCAAUAACGGCUACAAAGAAUCACUAUCAGGAUCUGGUUGUCCGAUAUGGCCUGGAGAUUUUGAAUUACUAUAUAAGUAUGAAACAUUCAAUAACGGCUACAAAGAAUCACUAUCAGGAUCUGGUUGUCCGAUAUGGCCUGGAGAUUUUGAAUUACUAUAUAAGUAUGAAACAUAUAAUAACAGCUACAAAGAAUCACUAUCAGGAUCUGGUUGUCCGAUAUGGCCUGGAGAUUUUGAAUUACUAUAUAAGUAUGAAACAUUCAAUAACGGCUACAAAGAAUCACUAUCAGGAUCUGGUUGUCCGAUAUGGCCUGGAGAUUUUGAAUUACUAUAUAAGUAUGAAAAAUUCAAUAACGGCUACAAAGAAUCACAAUCAAGAUCUGGUUGUCCGAUAUGGCCUGGAGAUUUUGAAUUACUAUAUAAGUAUGAAACAUAUAAUAACAGCUACAAAGAAUCACUAUCAGGAUCUGGUUGUCCGAUAUGGCCUGGAGAUUUUGAAUUACUAUAUAAGUAUGAAACAUAUAAUAACAGCUACAAAGAAUCACUAUCAGGAUCUGGUUGUCCGAUAUGGCCUGGAGAUUUUGAAUUACUAUAUAAGUAUGAAACAUAUAAUAACAGCUACAAAGAAUCACUAUCAGGAUCUGGUUGUCCGAUAUGGCCUGGAGAUUUUGAAUUACUAUAUAAGUAUGAAACAUUCAAUAACGGCUACAAAGAAUCACUAUCAGGAUCUGGUUGUCCGAUAUGGCCUGGAGAUUUUGAAUUACUAUAUAACUACAAAGAAUCACUAUCAGGAUCUGGUUGUCCGAUAUGGCCUGGAGAUUUUGAAUUACUAUAUAAGUAUGAAACAUUCAAUAACAGCUACAAAGAAUCACUAUCAGGAUCUGGUUGUCCGAUAUGGCCUGGAGAUUUUGAAUUACUAUAUAAGUAUGAAACAUUCAAUAACGGCUACAAAGAAUCACUAUCAGGAUCUGGUUGUCCGAUAUGGCCUGGAGAUUUUGAAUUACUAUAUAAGUAUGAAACAUUCAAUAACGGCUACAAAGAAUCACUAUCAGGAUCUGGUUGUCCGAUAUGGCCUGGAGAUUUUGAAUUACUAUAUAAGUAUGAAAAAUUCAAUAACGGCUACAAAGAAUCACUAUCAGGAUCUGGUUGUCCGAUAUGGCCUGGAGAUUUUGAAUUACUAUAUAAGUAUGAAAAAUUCAAUAACGGCUACAAAAAAUCACUAUCAGGAUCUGGUUGUCCGAUAUGGCCUGGAGAUUUUGAAUUACUAUAUAAGUAUGAAACAUAUAAUAACAGCUACAAAGAAUCACUAUCAGGAUCUGGUUGUCCGAUAUGGCCUGGAGAUUUUGAAUUACUAUAUAAGUAUGAAACAUAUAAUAACAGCUACAAAGAAUCACUAUCAGGAUCUGGUUGUCCGAUAUGGCCUGGAGAUUUUGAAUUACUAUAUAAGUAUGAAACAUUCAAUAACGGCAACAAAGAAUCACUAUCAGGAUCUGGUUGUCCGAUAUGGCCUGGAGAUUUUGAAUUACUAUAUAAGUAUGAAACAUAUAAUAACAGCUACAAAGAAUCACUAUCAGGAUCUGGUUGUCCGAUAUGGCCUGGAGAUUUUGAAUUACUAUAUAAGUAUGAAACAUAUAAUAACAGCUACAAAGAAUCACAAUCAGGAUCUGGUUGUCCGAUAUGGCCUGGAGAUUUUGAAUUACUAUAUAAGUAUGAAACAUAUAAUAACAGCUACAAAGAAUCACUAUCAGGAUCUGGUUGUCCGAUAUGGCCUGGAGAUUUUGAAUUACUAUAUAAGUAUGAAACAUUCAAUAACGGCAACAAAGAAUCACUAUCAGGAUCUGGUUGUCCGAUAUGGCCUGGAGAUUUUGAAUUACUAUAUAAGUAUGAAACAUAUAAUAACAGCUACAAAGAAUCACUAUCAGGAUCUGGUUGUCCGAUAUGGCCUGGAGAUUUUGAAUUACUAUAUAAGUAUGAAACAUAUAAUAACAGCUACAAAGAAUCACUAUCAGGAUCUGGUUGUCCGAUAUGGCCUGGAGAUUUUGAAUUACUAUAUAAGUAUGAAACAUAUAAUAACAGCUACAAAGAAUCACUAUCAGGAUCUGGUUGUCCGAUAUGGCCUGGAGAUUUUGAAUUACUAUAUAAGUAUGAAACAUAUAAUAACAGCUACAAAGAAUCACUAUCAGGAUCUGGUUGUCCGAUAUGGCCUGGAGAUUUUGAAUUACUAUAUAAGUAUGAAACAUUCAAUAACAGCUACAAAGGAUCACUAUCAGGAUCUGGUUGUCCGAUAUGGCCUGGAGAUUUUGAAUUACUAUAUAAGUAUGAAACAUAUAAUAACAGCUACAAAGAAUCACUAUCAGGAUCUGGUUGUCCGAUAUGGCCUGGAGAUUUUGAAUUACUAUAUAAGUAUGAAACAUUCAAUAACGGCUACAAAGAAUCACUAUCAGGAUCUGGUUGUCCGAUAUGGCCUGGAGAUUUUGAAUUACUAUAUAAGUAUGAAACAUAUAAUAACAGCUACAAAGAAUCACUAUCAGGAUCUGGUUGUCCGAUAUGGCCUGGAGAUUUUGAAUUACUAUAUAAGUAUGAAACAUAUAAUAACAGCUACAAAGAAUCACAAUCAGGAUCUGGUUGUCCGAUAUGGCCUGGAGAUUUUGAAUUACUAUAUAAGUAUGAAACAUAUAAUAACAGCUACAAAGAAUCACUAUCAGGAUCUGGUUGUCCGAUAUGGCCUGGAGAUUUUGAAUUACUAUAUAAGUAUGAAACAUUCAAUAACGGCAACAAAGAAUCACUAUCAGGAUCUGGUUGUCCGAUAUGGCCUGGAGAUUUUGAAUUACUAUAUAAGUAUGAAACAUAUAAUAACAGCUACAAAGAAUCACUAUCAGGAUCUGGUUGUCCGAUAUGGCCUGGAGAUUUUGAAUUACUAUAUAAGUAUGAAACAUAUAAUAACAGCUACAAAGAAUCACUAUCAGGAUCUGGUUGUCCGAUAUGGCCUGGAGAUUUUGAAUUACUAUAUAAGUAUGAAACAUAUAAUAACAGCUACAAAGAAUCACUAUCAGGAUCUGGUUGUCCGAUAUGGCCUGGAGAUUUUGAAUUACUAUAUAAGUAUGAAACAUUCAAUAACGGCUACAAAGAAUCACUAUCAGGAUCUGGUUGUCCGAUAUGGCCUGGAGAUUUUGAAUUACUAUAUAAGUAUGAAACAUUCAAUAACGGCUACAAAGAAUCACUAUCAGGAUCUGGUUGUCCGAUAUGGCCUGGAGAUUUUGAAUUACUAUAUAAGUAUGAAACAUAUAAUAACAGCUACAAAGAAUCACUAUCAGGAUCUGGUUGUCCGAUAUGGCCUGGAGAUUUUGAAUUACUAUAUAAGUAUGAAACAUUCAAUAACGGCUACAAAGAAUCACUAUCAGGAUCUGGUUGUCCGAUAUGGCCUGGAGAUUUUGAAUUACUAUAUAAGUAUGAAAAAUUCAAUAACGGCUACAAAGAAUCACAAUCAAGAUCUGGUUGUCCGAUAUGGCCUGGAGAUUUUGAAUUACUAUAUAAGUAUGAAACAUAUAAUAACAGCUACAAAGAAUCACUAUCAGGAUCUGGUUGUCCGAUAUGGCCUGGAGAUUUUGAAUUACUAUAUAAGUAUGAAACAUAUAAUAACAGCUACAAAGAAUCACUAUCAGGAUCUGGUUGUCCGAUAUGGCCUGGAGAUUUUGAAUUACUAUAUAAGUAUGAAACAUAUAAUAACAGCUACAAAGAAUCACUAUCAGGAUCUGGUUGUCCGAUAUGGCCUGGAGAUUUUGAAUUACUAUAUAAGUAUGAAACAUUCAAUAACGGCUACAAAGAAUCACUAUCAGGAUCUGGUUGUCCGAUAUGGCCUGGAGAUUUUGAAUUACUAUAUAAGUAUGAAACAUUCAAUAACGGCUACAAAGAAUCACUAUCAGGAUCUAGUUGUCCGAUAUGGCCUGGAGAUUUUGAAUUACUAUAUAAGUAUGAAACAUAUAAUAACAGCUACAAAGAAUCACUAUCAGGAUCUGGUUGUCCGAUAUGGCCUGGAGAUUUUGAAUUACUAUAUAAGUAUGAAACAUUCAAUAACAGCUACAAAGAAUCACUAUCAGGAUCUGGUUGUCCGAUAUGGCCUGGAGAUUUUGAAUUACUAUAUAAGUAUGAAACAUUCAAUAACGGCUACAAAGAAUCACUAUCAGGAUCUGGUUGUCCGAUAUGGCCUGGAGAUUUUGAAUUACUAUAUAAGUAUGAAACAUUCAAUAACGGCUACAAAGAAUCACUAUCAGGAUCUGGUUGUCCGAUAUGGCCUGGAGAUUUUGAAUUACUAUAUAAGUAUGAAAAAUUCAAUAACGGCUACAAAGAAUCACUAUCAGGAUCUGGUUGUCCGAUAUGGCCUGGAGAUUUUGAAUUACUAUAUAAGUAUGAAAAAUUCAAUAACGGCUACAAAAAAUCACUAUCAGGAUCUGGUUGUCCGAUAUGGCCUGGAGAUUUUGAAUUACUAUAUAAGUAUGAAACAUAUAAUAACAGCUACAAAGAAUCACUAUCAGGAUCUGGUUGUCCGAUAUGGCCUGGAGAUUUUGAAUUACUAUAUAAGUAUGAAACAUAUAAUAACAGCUACAAAGAAUCACUAUCAGGAUCUGGUUGUCCGAUAUGGCCUGGAGAUUUUGAAUUACUAUAUAAGUAUGAAACAUAUAAUAACAGCUACAAAGAAUCACUAUCAGGAUCUGGUUGUCCGAUAUGGCCUGGAGAUUUUGAAUUACUAUAUAAGUAUGAAACAUUCAAUAACAGCUACAAAGGAUCACUAUCAGGAUCUGGUUGUCCGAUAUGGCCUGGAGAUUUUGAAUUACUAUAUAAGUAUGAAACAUAUAAUAACAGCUACAAAGAAUCACUAUCAGGAUCUGGUUGUCCGAUAUGGCCUGGAGAUUUUGAAUUACUAUAUAAGUAUGAAACAUUCAAUAACGGCUACAAAGAAUCACUAUCAGGAUCUGGUUGUCCGAUAUGGCCUGGAGAUUUUGAAUUACUAUAUAAGUAUGAAACAUAUAAUAACAGCUACAAAGAAUCACUAUCAGGAUCUGGUUGUCCGAUAUGGCCUGGAGAUUUUGAAUUACUAUAUAAGUAUGAAACAUAUAAUAACAGCUACAAAGAAUCACAAUCAGGAUCUGGUUGUCCGAUAUGGCCUGGAGAUUUUGAAUUACUAUAUAAGUAUGAAACAUAUAAUAACAGCUACAAAGAAUCACUAUCAGGAUCUGGUUGUCCGAUAUGGCCUGGAGAUUUUGAAUUACUAUAUAAGUAUGAAACAUUCAAUAACGGCAACAAAGAAUCACUAUCAGGAUCUGGUUGUCCGAUAUGGCCUGGAGAUUUUGAAUUACUAUAUAAGUAUGAAACAUAUAAUAACAGCUACAAAGAAUCACUAUCAGGAUCUGGUUGUCCGAUAUGGCCUGGAGAUUUUGAAUUACUAUAUAAGUAUGAAACAUAUAAUAACAGCUACAAAGAAUCACUAUCAGGAUCUGGUUGUCCGAUAUGGCCUGGAGAUUUUGAAUUACUAUAUAAGUAUGAAACAUAUAAUAACAGCUACAAAGAAUCACUAUCAGGAUCUGGUUGUCCGAUAUGGCCUGGAGAUUUUGAAUUACUAUAUAAGUAUGAAACAUUCAAUAACGGCUACAAAGAAUCACUAUCAGGAUCUGGUUGUCCGAUAUGGCCUGGAGAUUUUGAAUUACUAUAUAAGUAUGAAACAUUCAAUAACGGCUACAAAGAAUCACUAUCAGGAUCUGGUUGUCCGAUAUGGCCUGGAGAUUUUGAAUUACUAUAUAAGUAUGAAACAUAUAAUAACAGCUACAAAGAAUCACUGUCAGGAUCUGGUUGUCCGAUAUGGCCUGGAGAUUUUGAAUUACUAUAUAAGUAUGAAACAUUCAAUAACGGCUACAAAGAAUCACUAUCAGGAUCUGGUUGUCCGAUAUGGCCUGGAGAUUUUGAAUUACUAUAUAAGUAUGAAAAAUUCAAUAACGGCUACAAAGAAUCACAAUCAAGAUCUGGUUGUCCGAUAUGGCCUGGAGAUUUUGAAUUACUAUAUAAGUAUGAAACAUAUAAUAACAGCUACAAAGAAUCACUAUCAGGAUCUGGUUGUCCGAUAUGGCCUGGAGAUUUUGAAUUACUAUAUAAGUAUGAAACAUAUAAUAACAGCUACAAAGAAUCACUAUCAGGAUCUGGUUGUCCGAUAUGGCCUGGAGAUUUUGAAUUACUAUAUAAGUAUGAAACAUAUAAUAACAGCUACAAAGAAUCACUAUCAGGAUCUGGUUGUCCGAUAUGGCCUGGAGAUUUUGAAUUACUAUAUAAGUAUGAAACAUUCAAUAACGGCUACAAAGAAUCACUAUCAGGAUCUGGUUGUCCGAUAUGGCCUGGAGAUUUUGAAUUACUAUAUAAGUAUGAAACAUUCAAUAACGGCUACAAAGAAUCACUAUCAGGAUCUAGUUGUCCGAUAUGGCCUGGAGAUUUUGAAUUACUAUAUAAGUAUGAAACAUAUAAUAACAGCUACAAAGAAUCACUAUCAGGAUCUGGUUGUCCGAUAUGGCCUGGAGAUUUUGAAUUACUAUAUAAGUAUGAAACAUUCAAUAACAGCUACAAAGAAUCACUAUCAGGAUCUGGUUGUCCGAUAUGGCCUGGAGAUUUUGAAUUACUAUAUAAGUAUGAAACAUUCAAUAACGGCUACAAAGAAUCACUAUCAGGAUCUGGUUGUCCGAUAUGGCCUGGAGAUUUUGAAUUACUAUAUAAGUAUGAAAAAUUCAAUAACGGCUACAAAGAAUCACUAUCAGGAUCUGGUUGUCCGAUAUGGCCUGGAGAUUUUGAAUUACUAUAUAAGUAUGAAAAAUUCAAUAACGGCUACAAAAAAUCACUAUCAGGAUCUGGUUGUCCGAUAUGGCCUGGAGAUUUUGAAUUACUAUAUAAGUAUGAAACAUAUAAUAACAGCUACAAAGAAUCACUAUCAGGAUCUGGUUGUCCGAUAUGGCCUGGAGAUUUUGAAUUACUAUAUAAGUAUGAAACAUAUAAUAACAGCUACAAAGAAUCACUAUCAGGAUCUGGUUGUCCGAUAUGGCCUGGAGAUUUUGAAUUACUAUAUAAGUAUGAAACAUAUAAUAACAGCUACAAAGAAUCACUAUCAGGAUCUGGUUGUCCGAUAUGGCCUGGAGAUUUUGAAUUACUAUAUAAGUAUGAAACAUUCAAUAACAGCUACAAAGGAUCACUAUCAGGAUCUGGUUGUCCGAUAUGGCCUGGAGAUUUUGAAUUACUAUAUAAGUAUGAAACAUUCAAUAACGGCUACAAAGAAUCACUAUCAGGAUCUGGUUGUCCGAUAUGGCCUGGAGAUUUUGAGUUACUAUAUAAGUAUGAAACAUAUAAUAACAGCUACAAAGAAUCACUAUCAGGAUCUGGUUGUCCGAUAUGGCCUGGAGAUUUUGAGUUACUAUAUAAGUAUGAAACAUAUAAUAACAGCUACAAAGAAUCACUAUCAGGAUCUGGUUGUCCGAUAUGGCCUGGAGAUUUUGAGUUACUAUAUAAGUAUGAAACAUAUAAUAACAGCUACAAAGAAUCACUAUCAGGAUCUGGUUGUCCGAUAUGGCCUGGAGAUUUUGAGUUACUAUAUAAGUAUGAAACAUAUAAUAACAGCUACAAAGAAUCACUAUCAGGAUCUGGUUGUCCGAUAUGGCCUGGAGAUUUUGAAUUACUAUAUAAGUAUGAAACAUAUAAUAACAGCUACAAAGAAUCACUAUCAGGAUCUGGUUGUCCGAUAUGGCCUGGAGAUUUUGAAUUACUAUAUAAGUAUGAAACAUAUAAUAACAGCUACAAAGAAUCACUAUCAGGAUCUGGUUGUCCGAAAUGGCCUGGAGAUUUUGAAUUACUAUAUAAGUAUGAAACAUUCAAUAACGGCUACAAAGAAUCACUAUCAGGAUCUGGUUGUCCGAUAUGGCCUGGAGAUUUUGAAUUACUAUAUAAGUAUGAAACAUAUAAUAACAGCUACAAAGAAUCACUAUCAGGAUCUGGUUGUCCGAUAUGGCCUGGAGAUUUUGAAUUACUAUAUAAGUAUGAAACAUAUAAUAACAGCUACAAAGAAUCACAAUCAGGAUCUGGUUGUCCGAUAUGGCCUGGAGAUUUUGAAUUACUAUAUAAGUAUGAAACAUAUAAUAACAGCUACAAAGAAUCACUAUCAGGAUCUGGUUGUCCGAUAUGGCCUGGAGAUUUUGAAUUACUAUAUAAGUAUGAAACAUUCAAUAACGGCAACAAAGAAUCACUAUCAGGAUCUGGUUGUCCGAUAUGGCCUGGAGAUUUUGAAUUACUAUAUAAGUAUGAAACAUAUAAUAACAGCUACAAAGAAUCACUAUCAGGAUCUGGUUGUCCGAUAUGGCCUGGAGAUUUUGAAUUACUAUAUAAGUAUGAAACAUUCAAUAACGGCUACAAAGAAUCACUAUCAGGAUCUGGUUGUCCGAUAUGGCCUGGAGAUUUUGAAUUACUAUAUAAGUAUGAAACAUAUAAUAACAGCUACAAAGAAUCACUAUCAGGAUCUGGUUGUCCGAUAUGGCCUGGAGAUUUUGAAUUACUAUAUAAGUAUGAAACAUAUAAUAACAGCUACAAAGAAUCACUAUCAGGAUCUGGUUGUCCGAUAUGGCCUGGAGAUUUUGAAUUACUAUAUAAGUAUGAAACAUAUAAUAACAGCUACAAAGAAUCACUAUCAGGAUCUGGUUGUCCGAUAUGGCCUGGAGAUUUUGAAUUACUAUAUAAGUAUGAAACAUAUAAUAACAGCUACAAAGAAUCACUAUCAGGAUCUGGUUGUCCGAUAUGGCAUGGAGAUUUUGAAUUACUAUAUAAGUAUGAAACAUUCAAUAACGGCUACAAAGAAUCACUAUCAGGAUCUGGUUGUCCGAUAUGGCCUGGAGAUUUUGAAUUACUAUAUAAGUAUGAAACAUAUAAUAACAGCUACAAAGAAUCACUAUCAGGAUCUGGUUGUCCGAUAUGGCCUGGAGAUUUUGAAUUACUAUAUAAGUAUGAAACAUAUAAUAACAGCUACAAAGAAUCACUAUCAGGAUCUGGUUGUCCGAUAUGGCCUGGAGAUUUUGAAUUACUAUAUAAGUAUGAAACAUUCAAUAACAGCUACAAAGGAUCACUAUCAGGAUCUGGUUGUCCGAUAUGGCCUGGAGAUUUUGAAUUACUAUAUAAGUAUGAAACAUUCAAUAACGGCUACAAAGAAUCACUAUCAGGAUCUGGUUGUCCGAUAUGGCCUGGAGAUUUUGAGUUACUAUAUAAGUAUGAAACAUAUAAUAACAGCUACAAAGAAUCACUAUCAGGAUCUGGUUGUCCGAUAUGGCCUGGAGAUUUUGAGUUACUAUAUAAGUAUGAAACAUAUAAUAACAGCUACAAAGAAUCACUAUCAGGAUCUGGUUGUCCGAUAUGGCCUGGAGAUUUUGAGUUACUAUAUAAGUAUGAAACAUAUAAUAACAGCUACAAAGAAUCACUAUCAGGAUCUGGUUGUCCGAUAUGGCCUGGAGAUUUUGAAUUACUAUAUAAGUAUGAAACAUAUAAUAACAGCUACAAAGAAUCACUAUCAGGAUCUGGUUGUCCGAUAUGGCCUGGAGAUUUUGAAUUACUAUAUAAGUAUGAAACAUAUAAUAACAGCUACAAAGAAUCACUAUCAGGAUCUGGUUGUCCGAUAUGGCCUGGAGAUUUUGAGUUACUAUAUAAGUAUGAAACAUAUAAUAACAGCUACAAAGAAUCACUAUCAGGAUCUGGUUGUCCGAUAUGGCCUGGAGAUUUUGAGUUACUAUAUAAGUAUGAAACAUAUAAUAACAGCUACAAAGAAUCACUAUCAGGAUCUGGUUGUCCGAUAUGGCCUGGAGAUUUUGAAUUACUAUAUAAGUAUGAAACAUAUAAUAACAGCUACAAAGAAUCACUAUCAGGAUCUGGUUGUCCGAUAUGGCCUGGAGAUUUUGAAUUACUAUAUAAGUAUGAAACAUAUAAUAACAGCUACAAAGAAUCACUAUCAGGAUCUGGUUGUCCGAUAUGGCCUGGAGAUUUUGAAUUACUAUAUAAGUAUGAAACAUAUAAUAACAGCUACAAAGAAUCACUAUCAGGAUCUGGUUGUCCGAAAUGGCCUGGAGAUUUUGAAUUACUAUAUAAGUAUGAAACAUUCAAUAACGGCUACAAAGAAUCACUAUCAGGAUCUGGUUGUCCGAUAUGGCCUGGAGAUUUUGAAUUACUAUAUAAGUAUGAAACAUAUAAUAACAGCUACAAAGAAUCACUAUCAGGAUCUGGUUGUCCGAUAUGGCCUGGAGAUUUUGAAUUACUAUAUAAGUAUGAAACAUAUAAUAACAGCUACAAAGAAUCACAAUCAGGAUCUGGUUGUCCGAUAUGGCCUGGAGAUUUUGAAUUACUAUAUAAGUAUGAAACAUAUAAUAACAGCUACAAAGAAUCACUAUCAGGAUCUGGUUGUCCGAUAUGGCCUGGAGAUUUUGAAUUACUAUAUAAGUAUGAAACAUUCAAUAACGGCAACAAAGAAUCACUAUCAGGAUCUGGUUGUCCGAUAUGGCCUGGAGAUUUUGAAUUACUAUAUAAGUAUGAAACAUAUAAUAACAGCUACAAAGAAUCACUAUCAGGAUCUGGUUGUCCGAUAUGGCCUGGAGAUUUUGAAUUACUAUAUAAGUAUGAAACAUUCAAUAACGGCUACAAAGAAUCACUAUCAGGAUCUGGUUGUCCGAUAUGGCCUGGAGAUUUUGAAUUACUAUAUAAGUAUGAAACAUAUAAUAACAGCUACAAAGAAUCACUAUCAGGAUCUGGUUGUCCGAUAUGGCCUGGAGAUUUUGAAUUACUAUAUAAGUAUGAAACAUAUAAUAACAGCUACAAAGAAUCACUAUCAGGAUCUGGUUGUCCGAUAUGGCCUGGAGAUUUUGAAUUACUAUAUAAGUAUGAAACAUAUAAUAACAGCUACAAAGAAUCACUAUCAGGAUCUGGUUGUCCGAUAUGGCCUGGAGAUUUUGAAUUACUAUAUAAGUAUGAAACAUAUAAUAACAGCUACAAAGAAUCACUAUCAGGAUCUGGUUGUCCGAUAUGGCAUGGAGAUUUUGAAUUACUAUAUAAGUAUGAAACAUUCAAUAACGGCUACAAAGAAUCACUAUCAGGAUCUGGUUGUCCGAUAUGGCCUGGAGAUUUUGAAUUACUAUAUAAGUAUGAAACAUUCAAUAACGGCUACAAAGAAUCACUAUCAGGAUCUGGUUGUCCGAUAUGGCCUGGAGAUUUUGAAUUACUAUAUAAGUAUGAAACAUAUAAUAACAGCUACAAAGAAUCACUAUCAGGAUCUGGUUGUCCGAUAUGGCCUGGAGAUUUUGAAUUACUAUAUAAGUAUGAAACAUAUAAUAACAGCUACAAAGAAUCACUAUCAGGAUCUGGUUGUCCGAUAUGGCCUGGAGAUUUUGAAUUACUAUAUAAGUAUGAAACAUAUAAUAACAGCUACAAAGAAUCACUAUCAGGAUCUGGUUGUCCGAUAUGGCCUGGAGAUUUUGAAUUACUAUAUAAGUAUGAAACAUAUAAUAACAGCUACAAAGAAUCACUAUCACGAUCUGGUUGUCCGAUAUGGCCUGGAGAUUUUGAAUUACUAUAUAAGUAUGAAACAUAUAAUAACAGCUACAAAGAAUCACUAUCAGGAUCUGGUUGUCCGAUAUGGCCUGGAGAUUUUGAAUUACUAUAUAACUACAAAGAAUCACUAUCAGGAUCUGGUUGUCCGAUAUGGCCUGGAGAUUUUGAAUUACUAUAUAAGUAUGAAACAUUCAAUAACGGCUACAAAGAAUCACUAUCAGGAUCUGGUUGUCCGAUAUGGCCUGGAGAUUUUGAAUUACUAUAUAAGUAUGAAACAUUCAAUAACGGCUACAAAGAAUCACUAUCGGGAUCUGGUUGUCCGAUAUGGCCUGGAGAUUUUGAAUUACUAUAUAAGUAUGAAACAUAUAAUAACAGCUACAAAGAAUCACUAUCAGGAUCUGGUUGUCCGAUAUGGCCUGGAGAUUUUGAAUUACUAUAUAAGUAUGAAACAUAUAAUAACAGCUACAAAGAAUCACUAUCAGGAUCUGGUUGUCCGAUAUGGCCUGGAGAUUUUGAAUUACUAUAUAAGUAUGAAACAUUCAAUAACGGCUACAAAGAAUCACUAUCAGGAUCUGGUUGUCCGAUAUGGCCUGGAGAUUUUGAAUUACUAUAUAAGUAUGAAACAUAUAAUAACAGCUACAAAGAAUCACUAUCAGGAUCUGGUUGUCCGAUAUGGCCUGGAGAUUUUGAAUUACUAUAUAAGUAUGAAACAUUCAAUAACGGCUACAAAGAAUCACUAUCAGGAUCUGGUUGUCCGAUAUGGCCUGGAGAUUUUGAAUUACUAUAUAAGUAUGAAACAUUCAAUAACGGCUACAAAGAAUCACUAUCAGGAUCUGGUUGUCCGAUAUGGCCUGGAGAUUUUGAAUUACUAUAUAAGUAUGAAACAUUCAAUAACGGCUACAAAGAAUCACUAUCAGGAUCUGGUUGUCCGAUAUGGCCUGGAGAUUUUGAAUUACUAUAUAAGUAUGAAACAUUCAAUAACGGCUACAAAGAAUCACUAUCAGGAUCUGGUUGUCCGAUAUGGCCUGGAGAUUUUGAAUUACUAUAUAAGUAUGAAACAUAUAAUAACAGCUACAAAGAAUCACUAUCAGGAUCUGGUUGUCCGAUAUGGCCUGGAGAUUUUGAAUUACUAUAUAAGUAUGAAACAUUCAAUAACGGCUACAAAGAAUCACUAUCAGGAUCUGGUUGUCCGAUAUGGCCUGGAGAUUUUGAAUUACUAUAUAAGUAUGAAACAUUCAAUAACGGCUACAAAGAAUCACUAUCAGGAUCUGGUUGUCCGAUAUGGCCUGGAGAUUUUGAAUUACUAUAUAAGUAUGAAACAUUCAAUAACGGCUACAAAGAAUCACUAUCAGGAUCUGGUUGUCCGAUAUGGCCUGGAGAUUUUGAAUUACUAUAUAAGUAUGAAAAAUUCAAUAACGGCUACAAAGAAUCACUAUCAGGAUCUGGUUGUCCGAUAUGGCCUGGAGAUUUUGAAUUACUAUAUAAGUAUGAAACAUAUAAUAACAGCUACAAAGAAUCACUAUCAGGAUCUGGUUGUCCGAUAUGGCCUGGAGAUUUUGAAUUACUAUAUAAGUAUGAAACAUAUAAUAACAGCUACAAAGAAUCACUAUCAGGAUCUGGUUGUCCGAUAUGGCCUGGAGAUUUUGAAUUACUAUAUAAGUAUGAAACAUAUAAUAACAGCUACAAAGAAUCACUAUCAGGAUCUGGUUGUCCGAUAUGGCCUGGAGAUUUUGAAUUACUAUAUAAGUAUGAAACAUUCAAUAACAGCUACAAAGGAUCACUAUCAGGAUCUGGUUGUCCGAUAUGGCAUGGAGAUUUUGAAUUACUAUAUAAGUAUGAAACAUAUAAUAACAGCUACAAAGAAUCACUAUCAGGAUCUGGUUGUCCGAUAUGGCCUGGAGAUUUUGAAUUACUAUAUAAGUAUGAAACAUAUAAUAACAGCUACAAAGAAUCACUAUCAGGAUCUGGUUGUCCGAUAUGGCCUGGAGAUUUUGAAUUACUAUAUAAGUAUGAAACAUAUAAUAACAGCUACAAAGAAUCACUAUCAGGAUCUGGUUGUCCGAUAUGGCCUGGAGAUUUUGAAUUACUAUAUAAGUAUGAAACAUUCAAUAACGGCUACAAAGAAUCACUAUCAGGAUCUGGUUGUCCGAUAUGGCCUGGAGAUUUUGAGUUACUAUAUAAGUAUGAAACAUAUAAUAACAGCUACAAAGAAUCACUAUCAGGAUCUGGUUGUCCGAUAUGGCCUGGAGAUUUUGAGUUACUAUAUAAGUAUGAAACAUAUAAUAACAGCUACAAAGAAUCACUAUCAGGAUCUGGUUGUCCGAUAUGGCCUGGAGAUUUUGAAUUACUAUAUAAGUAUGAAACAUUCAAUAACGGCUACAAAGAAUCACUAUCAGGAUCUGGUUGUCCGAUAUGGCCUGGAGAUUUUGAAUUACUAUAUAAGUAUGAAACAUUCAAUAACGGCUACAAAGAAUCACUAUCAGGAUCUGGUUGUCCGAUAUGGCCUGGAGAUUUUGAAUUACUAUAUAAGUAUGAAACAUUCAAUAACGGCUACAAAGAAUCACUAUCAGGAUCUGGUUGUCCGAUAUGGCCUGGAGAUUUUGAAUUACUAUAUAAGUAUGAAAAAUUCAAUAACGGCUACAAAGAAUCACUAUCAGGAUCUGGUUGUCCGAUAUGGCCUGGAGAUUUUGAAUUACUAUAUAAGUAUGAAACAUAUAAUAACAGCUACAAAGAAUCACUAUCAGGAUCUGGUUGUCCGAUAUGGCCUGGAGAUUUUGAAUUACUAUAUAAGUAUGAAACAUAUAAUAACAGCUACAAAGAAUCACUAUCAGGAUCUGGUUGUCCGAUAUGGCCUGGAGAUUUUGAAUUACUAUAUAAGUAUGAAACAUAUAAUAACAGCUACAAAGAAUCACUAUCAGGAUCUGGUUGUCCGAUAUGGCCUGGAGAUUUUGAAUUACUAUAUAAGUAUGAAAAAUUCAAUAACGGCUACAAAGAAUCACUAUCAGGAUCUGGUUGUCCGAUAUGGCCUGGAGAUUUUGAAUUACUAUAUAAGUAUGAAACAUAUAAUAACAGCUACAAAGAAUCACUAUCAGGAUCUGGUUGUCCGAUAUGGCCUGGAGAUUUUGAAUUACUAUAUAAGUAUGAAACAUUCAAUAACAGCUACAAAGGAUCACUAUCAGGAUCUGGUUGUCCGAUAUGGCCUGGAGAUUUUGAAUUACUAUAUAAGUAUGAAACAUUCAAUAACGGCUACAAAGAAUCACUAUCAGGAUCUGGUUGUCCGAUAUGGCCUGGAGAUUUUGAGUUACUAUAUAAGUAUGAAACAUAUAAUAACAGCUACAAAGAAUCACUAUCAGGAUCUGGUUGUCCGAUAUGGCCUGGAGAUUUUGAGUUACUAUAUAAGUAUGAAACAUAUAAUAACAGCUACAAAGAAUCACUAUCAGGAUCUGGUUGUCCGAUAUGGCCUGGAGAUUUUGAGUUACUAUAUAAGUAUGAAACAUAUAAUAACAGCUACAAAGAAUCACUAUCAGGAUCUGGUUGUCCGAUAUGGCCUGGAGAUUUUGAGUUACUAUAUAAGUAUGAAACAUAUAAUAACAGCUACAAAGAAUCACUAUCAGGAUCUGGUUGUCCGAUAUGGCCUGGAGAUUUUGAGUUACUAUAUAAGUAUGAAACAUAUAAUAACAGCUACAAAGAAUCACUAUCAGGAUCUGGUUGUCCGAUAUGGCCUGGAGAUUUUGAAUUACUAUAUAAGUAUGAAACAUUCAAUAAUGGCUACAAAGAAUCACUAUCAGGAUCUGGUUGUCCGAUAUGGCCUGGAGAUUUUGAAUUACUAUAUAAGUAUGAAAUAAUAAUAGCUACGACAAAGGAACAGUAUUUAUUUGGUCAUUAA